GACCAACUCCGCGCGCUUGUGGAGGACAGUAAAUCUUAAAUGCUAUGAUCAUCAAGCAUCAUCACCACCUUCCACCAACCGUCCACCGUCGCUACUUGGCCCCAUCUGCGGAAUUGCACCUUUAUUCUCGUCUUAUUCAGCUGUAAAUACCGUCAUGGCUUCCCAACCUGCAUUCAAUCCUCCUCCCCCGCCCAAAUGGGCCGUUGCGUUGAAUUCCCCUUUGCCUCGUCCCUCAAAGGCAGCGGCCAGCAUCCCCGACCCGCCAGGUUACUCUAGCAGCAAAACUGGAGGCAAGAGUCGAACGCAGCAGCAACAGCAGCAGACAACCGCCGCUCCCAAACCCGUCGAGACCGAUACUCUCAAGCUGAAAAAGGCCUGGGAAAUUGCCCUCGCUCCUUCUAAGCAAAUCCCAAUGAAUGCGAUUAUGAUGUACAUGUCCGGAAACAGCUUGCAGAUCUUCAGUAUUAUGAUGGUGUUUAUGCUCUUCAAGGGUCCCAUCCAGGGCCUGAUAAACACCAACACCGUCUUCACCAAAUUCGACACGGAAGGAACACACGCAAAACUGCUCGGAGUGAAGGCUAUGUACGUGGUGAUGCAGCUGGGAUUGUUGGCGCUGGGGAUAUGGAAGGUUAAUGCGAUGGGGCUUUUGCCAACGACGAGGUCGGACUGGUUGGCUUGGGAAUCAGAACGACGACCGCUUGAACGAGCUUACUUCGCUUUAGGGUGAGGAUACAUUAAAAGAGGCCAGAGAAAAGGAACAUUCGAAUACGUCGCGGUUGACAUGAUAUCACAUGCAUACCUAGCCAUAUAAUCUUAAACGCGCUUGAG